AUGUCGGAACACCUACCGACCUUCGAAACGCUAUCCGCCGCAUACCCCUCGCACAAGCCCGUCUUGCUCACACUGCAGACUCUGCUGACCGCUACAUCGCCGCCUUUCAUCUACAUAACCGACCCAUACACGCCGAGAAUCACCUCAAACGUGCUCAAGCAGUUCCUUGCAGGGCUGGUACCUUCACCUUCAAAGAGCAAGCGCACUGUGUACGCGCACGCGUGCCUGAAUGCCAUCUCAGCUUUCACGCCUCGUCUCUUCUUUGACACAGCGCUCAACGCGCUGGCGGGGCACGUACCACUGUGGCAGGAAGGGUGUGCGAAUUGGAGGGGAAAUGAGGGUGUAAGGUAUAACGAGAGCGUGGACGGCUUUAUCUGGGGGAUCAGGGAUGUGUGCGAGUAUUUAAGGCAGGGUCAGGAACAGACUGGCAAACGGGAGUCGAAAGGAAAGGAGAAGGAGAGGGAUGUGGAUGUCAGGAUGGUCUUGGUCGUCGAGAGGGCGGAGCGGCUCCUGCCCGAGCUUGUUGUCCCGCUGACCAGGCUAGCCGAGUUGACACAAACGCCUAUCACGACUAUAUUGACCUCGUCUCUCCCGUGGCAAGACACCAAGCCCCCUCUUGGCGCCUCCCCAGAUCCGUUCUUCAUGCAAGUCGGCCCGCCGAGCAAGGAGUCUACGCUACACAUCCUCUCAAGCGUCUUCUCCGACCUACCCCGCCCAGACUCGGACCCCACGAUAAGCAGGGUAUCGCAAGACAGCAUCCGGACACUGCACACCCCGUACCUUUCCACCCUCCACUCCGUCUGUGCACCCUUUGUCCCCGACCCAGACGAGCUCGCGUACAUCGGCGCAGCCCUGUGGCCCGCGUUCCUGCACGAGCUCGGCCGCCUCUUACGCGCCCACGAACAAGCCGGCGAUGAAAUCGAAAUCACCGAAGAAACAAAAAUGCGGCUGCUGCGUGCCUUCGCGCCCAAAUUCCGCGAGGCGCUCGAGGCGCUGUUCCCGCGGCUCGCGUGCGCCGCCGACUUCCUCCCUUCGUCCCGCGCUGGGGAGCCGCGGGACAAGGACACGGCGAUGAGCCUGACGCGGACGGAGAAGUACGUGCUGAUCGCGGCGUACCUCGCCUCGACGAAUCCGCCCAAGUCCGACAUGCGCAUGGUGUACCGCGGGUCGGAGGGCGACCGCAAGCGGCGGAGGAGAAGGCGGUCCAGUGUUCUUGCGUCCCCGUCCAAGAAGGACGGCGGGGCUGUGAAGAUCCCGCAGCGCCUGCUGGGCCCGACGACGUUCCCGCUAGACCGGAUGCUCGCGAUCAUGGGCAACCUGAUGAUCGAGCACGAGGAGGAGCUGGACUUUGGCGGGGACGAGUGGGAGAUGGAAGGAUUGGGCCGGGAGCGGAACGCAGAGGUCGAGGUGGGGCGCGUGGGCGUCCUGGGCGCGAUCACAAAUUUGACGCAGAGUCAUCUGCUCAUACGCACCUCCCCGCCCGAGCGCAUUGACGGCCCUCCGACGUUCAAGUGCGGGGUCGGGUACGAGGUCGUGCUCGGGCUCGCGCGGGAGGUUGGGGUGAGUCUGGGCGAGAGGAUAUGGGAAGCAGCCUGA